AUGGAUGUUCCAGCAAAUGAGCCGCAUGAUUAUCUAUUUAAAUUAUUAUGUAUAGGUGAAGCAAAUGUUGGUAAAACAACAUUUCUUCAUCAAUAUAUUCAUGAUAAUUUUGCAAAUUUUCGAUCAACCGUUGGUCUUGAUGUAUUUGAAAAAUGUAUAACUACUCCUGAUAAUCAAAAUAUUCUCUUACAAUUAUGGGAUACUGCUGGACAAGAACGUUAUCGUAGUUUAACAAAAUCAUUAUUUCGUGAUAGUAUGGGAUUUUUACUUUUAUUUGAUGUUACAAAUGAAUCAUCAUUUUUGACAAUACAAGAUUGGCUUACAUAUGUUGAUACAUAUACUGGAGUUGAUGAUAAUCUUCGACCACCUAUUUUACUUAUUGGUAAUAAAAUUGAUUUAGUUACAAAUCGAGUCAUUGAUACAAUGCGUGCUCAACAAUUAGCUAAUGAACUUCAAAUAACAUAUAUUGAAACAAGUGCAGUGACAGGUACAAAUGUACAAGAAACAUUACGUUUAUUAGUUAAAAAUGUUUUUGAUUUUAUGGAACAAUCAAUGAAAAAAUAUUAUCCUAAAUCACCAGCGAUCACAUUGACAGCAGAUGAAGAAAAACAUAAAAGACGAACGUCAGUUCAAUUAAUCAAUAAAUUAUCCGGAAAAAAACAUUCAUGUUCAUGUACAUAG